UUCCUGACAGAGCUUACCAGACUCUUUCAGAAGUGCAGAACUUCGGGGAGUGUUUUCAUAACGCUGAAGAAAUAUGAUGGCCGAACAAAACCAGUCCCACGCAAAGGCCACGUAGAAAGUUUUGAACCAGCAGACAAUAAGUGUCUUCUAAGAGCAACUGAUGGAAAGAAGAAAAUUAGCACAGUGGUGAGCUCAAAGGAAGUAAAUAAAUUCCAGAUGGCAUAUUCAAAUUUGCUGAGAGCUAACAUGGAUGGCUUGAAGAAAAAAGACAAGAAAAGCAAAAACAAGAAGAGUAAAGCAACGCAGUGAUGGAACAGUGUCCUACCAUCACUGUAACAGACUUGACCCUUGCUCAAAGCAAAGUCCAUUUCUUUUUGAGUUACCACUUGUCUUUGGCUUUCCUUCCAGCAGAAUAUUGGGAUGUAAUCAGUACUUUGUUUAAACUGACAGCAGAAGGUGCUUUCUGGAGAGUGUUGUAUGGCAGGAGUAUUUACAGGGUUAUACUGAAACAGCUUUACACUCAGCUGCCAACUAGUUUUGUACUUAUAGUGCUGUUUGUUUUGUAUUAUUCAAGUGGGCAGUGUAAAACCUGUUUGGGGGGUAGCACAGGGUGAAGAGAAAUGCACUGUACCAGGAGCAAAGUAAGACUGGAGCAGGAGUCUCAGUGACAGAUGCUGUGUUUUAUAGAUAAGCCUCAGUAGUACUAGGGGAAGUGGGUGCUAACAUACUAUCAGGAACAGCAGCUUUCCUGUUUCUGUCUUAUUUUGAGGGACAUGUCUACAUGAUGCAGUGCAGAUAUCCCUAAGACAGCCAGCACAGCGCUUGAGCUCCUGCAGAGCCAGGCAGCUGUGCCUUCGCUCCAUGCUGAUCCAGCUGUGCUGACCCUGGCUCACGGUGGGGGGGAGGGCAGGACUCUGCAUCAUAUUCCCUUCAGACAUGGCUUAAAAGUGCUCAUGUCACCUAAACUUUUUUUUUUUAAAAAAGCUUCAUCCUGCAGUAUAUUCAGGGAUCUGAGUUUCCCCAUACUUCAUGUCUUAAAGUAGGUCCUUCAUAUGAGCAGAUGUGAAAGGUGAAUACUUAAUUGUUCCUAUUAAACACACUGAGAAAUG